AUGUCCGAGUCACCGACACCACCGGCACCGGACCGCUUGGAUCUGGAUGAUCUGCUCGCGGAAGUAGGCCAUUUUGGUCGGUUUCAGCUGUGGCAAUGCGCGCUGCUACUGUUGCCCGUAGUGUUCACUGCGUUCUCGAAUCUGUGCUACGUGUUCACCGCCGGCGACGUACACUAUCGCUGCCAUGUGCCAGAGUGUGAACAGACAGUUCGCGCUGACGCGUACGCGUACACACCGGACUGGCUCAAACACGCGGUACCAUUUGGCGUGGGUUCGGAAUUGCCCGCGAAAUGUGACCGAUAUCGAGUGCUGCCAUCGGAGAACGAUACGACCACCUGCAAUGAGUCCCGAUUCAAUCACAGCAUCGUUGACCGCUGCUCGGAGUUCGUUUUCGAGGAUCCCACGGAAAGGACCAUCGUCAAUGACUUCCACCUGACUUGCGAUGAGAACCGCUGGAAGGUUACGCUCGUCGGGACGGUGCACAGUAUCGGGCAGUUUGUAUCCCUCGCCCUUUCAGGUAUCAUUUCCGAUCGCUUCGGGCGACGCUGGACGUUGCUGUUGGGCGUAGGUGUCGGUGCAGCCCUCGCGAUCGUACGCUCGUUCACCACCAGCUAUGGCGCGUUCAUGACACUCGAGUUUACGGAAGCGAUGUUCGGCUCAACCAGCUACACGACCGCGUUCAUUCUAAGCCUCGAGCUGGUCGAACCAAGGCUGCGUGUCAUCGUGAAGAGCGUAAUACUGGUGGCGUACGCGUUGGCUGAGGCUCUACUCGGUUUGCUGGCGAUGACGUUUCGCGAUUGGCGUACACUUUCGAUCGUCCUGUUCGUACCCGGAGUCAUCUCGAUCUCGCUGCUCUACACCACGGCCGAAAGUGUCCGCUGGUUGCUCGCAAAAGACCGCCAACAGGAUGUAGUGGCCAUCCUGCAACGGGUAGCAAAAGCCAACGGUCGUCCACCCUUACCUCAGUCCACGCUGGACGAGUUCUAUCUGCAGCAGAAGGCGAAACUGGAAGCGGACCGUGAUGAGGCCGGCCGCGGCAAGUCCUUUAUGCAGCUGCUUCGCGAAACCUGCCAGCACCGACGGUUGUUGUUGCGGAUCGCUAACUGCGCGUUCUGUUGGUUCACCAACGCCAUGGUGUACUAUGGCCUAACGCUCAACUCAGUCACACUAGCCGGUGAUAAGUACAGUAAUUUUAUCUUCAUCACACUGGCCGAAAUCCCACCCUCGUUGGCCAUCAACUGCAUCCUGAAUCGAUUCGGACGCCGGAAAACGCAAUGCGGCUCGCUGGUGCUGUCCGGAUUGUUCUGCCUGUUGGCACUGACAGCACUCAAAGACAUCGCCUGGCUGAACGUUGGCCUGUUUUUAAUGAGUAAAAUGGCCAUCUCGCUGUCCUUCUCCACGCUGUACAUCUACACGGCGGAAAUCUUCCCUACCAACCUGCGCCAGAGUUUCAUCUCGUUCUGCUCCAUGGUGGGCCGGUUCGGUUCCAUGUUGGCCCCACAGAUGCCACUGCUACAGGCCCUCUGGACACCGCUGCCGAUGCUGCUGUUCGGUUCGGUGGCCGUUCUGUCGGGUGUGUUAAUAUUGGAGUUCCCGGAAACCACCGGUGUCACGCUGCCGAACACGCUCGAGGAGGCCAUCGAGCUGCAUAGUCGCCGCAAACAGCCACCGGUGGAACCGGAAAAGGGCUCCUAUACUAGCCCGGGGUGA